CUCCAUUUUGUGUGUUUUUUCCUAGAGGUUAGCGCUUACUUUAUUUUUUGGCUGUGAACGACACAGCUAAUUCCGUGAUUUUCGGGUGCAAUUUUAUACCGAACACAUUGGAUUGGAUGAUCCGAUUGAUGACUUGCUUAUUCGUGUCCUGCUACGAUUCGCAAGGAGAACGCAAUCAGAUGUUUUCGUGUUUCUGGCCCAUUUGCGAGCAAAAUAACACCAAAACAAGAACAACAAUGUCAGACGAUGCAUGGAGUCACAUCCAGCUACCAAACGCCUGAGGGGAUUGUAAGAUGGGUCAAGGAGGAGUGAAGAGCAGGAGUAACAAAAACAACAGCAGAGUUAGGCGCCGUCUGAUAGAAAACCCCUCAGAGGGAACCCUUCUCAACUACGCUCCCAACAUGUCCGUCGCCUUGGCAACCACCAAUGCGCCUUGUUCCUUCGAUCCAGCCAACUGAUGCAACCAGGUGACGUGCCCAGCGGAACCAGUAACAGACCUCACCUCAGCCUCCGCCACCACCACCGCUCCGUGGGCCUCUACCUGGAAUACCCAGAGCCUCCCGCCACAAAGGUUUGUACAAAGGACCAGAGAGCCCAGACCCAGCAGACCUACAUGUUCCUGAGAAUCUGACUCUUCACCCUCGUGGAGACCUACUCCUGCCUGGACAACAGCAUCGCUGACUUCCACCGCUCCACACACAGCAUGGACUCCCUAAUCGGGGACUCAGACCCCAACCUGUUCCCCAUGUCCAUGAGGACGGAGACCGCCUUCUCCCGGGACCAGAACCCUAUGGAUAUGGACCAGGAAGGGUACAUUGGAAAAGACCAGAAACUGUUCAGCGACAACACUCUGGAUCUCCUCCAGGACUUUGAGUUGACAGGCUCCCCCUCAGACUUUUACGUAGGGGACGACGCCUUCCUCUCCUCCCUGGCUGAUGACACUCUCCUGGGGGAUGAAAGCCAGGAUCGUGGGGUCUCCAACUCUACCUCCAAGCCAGCUGCUACUAUGACCAAUAGUGGUAGUUUUAGCAGUUCCAACACCACCACAUUGAAUGGUAGCAGUCUACUAGCAUGUCAGGAUGAGUCCAACUCCAGCACCUCUAUGACAACCACCGCCACUUUCCCCGUGGUGAAGAUGGAGAAGGAAUCUGGCUUCAUCCAGCUGUGUACUCCAGGGGUGAUCAAACAGGAGAAGACAUCGGCCAUGCGUAGCUACUCCUGCCAGAUGAGUGGUAGUACCGGCGGCUCCACUUCCUCUUCUCCCUCCGAGCUGUCCAGCCCCAGCCCCAGCCCCAUCUCCAUCUGUGGGGUGAGCACCUCUGGAGGACAGAGCUACCACUUUGGAGGCAACAGCAGCAUCAACACCCCCUUGGCUUCCACUAGCAGUGGAGCUUCUCAGCAGAAGGACCAGAAGCCCUCGGUGUUCAGCCUGUAUCCUCCGCUGGUGACAGUAGGAGAGGCCUGGAACAACAUUAGCUAUGGGGAUGGAGCUUCUGGAAUGCAAGGCCUCUCCAGCCCUACCUCCGCUUUCUCCAGCAGCUAUGCCAGUUCUACCUCCAAGCAUGGUGGUGGCACUGCGUCAUGUACAACCCAGGGCAAGGCCGGGACCACCCAUAAGGUCUGUCUGGUGUGUUCAGAUGAGGCGUCUGGCUGUCACUACGGGGUGCUCACCUGCGGAAGCUGCAAGGUGUUCUUCAAGAGAGCCGUGGAAGGUACAGGGGCAAGGGGGCAACACAACUACCUAUGUGCUGGGAGGAACGACUGCAUCAUCGAUAAGAUCAGAAGGAAGAACUGUCCAGCCUGCCGCUUCCGCAAGUGUCUCGUGGCAGGGAUGAACCUGGAAGCUCGUAAAACCAAGAAGCUGAACCGUUUAAAGGGGGUACAGCAGCCCACCACUGCCGAGCUGACCCCCCGUCCGCUCCCAGAGGCCAGGUCGCUGGUCCCCAAGUCCAUGCCCCAGCUCACCCCCACCAUGCUGUCCCUACUAAAGGCCAUCGAGCCAGACACCAUCUACUCUGGCUACGACGGCACCCUGCCAGACACCUCCACACGCAUCAUGACCACCCUCAACAGGCUGGGGGGACGACAGGUGGUAUCAGCCGUGAAGUGGGCCAAGGCCCUGCCAGGGUUCCGGAACCUUCACCUGGACGACCAGAUGACUCUGCUGCAGUGUUCCUGGUUGUUCCUCAUGUCCUUCGGCCUGGGCUGGAGGUCCUACCAACAGUGUGACGGGAACAUGCUCUGCUUCGCUCCAGACCUCGUCAUCAACCAGGACCGUAUGAAGCUGCCCUACAUGGCAGACCAGUGUGAACAGAUGUUGAAGAUCUCCAGUGAGUUUGUCAGACUGCAGGUGUCCCAUGACGAGUAUCUGUGUAUGAAGGUUCUGCUGCUGCUCAGCACCGUGCCAAAAGAUGGUCUGAAGAGUCAGGCAGUGUUUGAUGAGAUCAGGAUGUCCUACAUCAAGGAGUUGGGGAAGGCCAUCGUCAAGAGAGAGGAAAACUCCAGCCAGAACUGGCAACGCUUCUACCAGCUCACCAAGCUUCUUGACUCCAUGCAUGAGAUGGUUGGUGGGCUGCUGGAUUUCUGCUUCUACACGUUCGUCAACAAGUCACUGUCGGUGGAGUUCCCAGAGAUGUUAGCAGAGAUCAUCAGCAACCAGUUACCAAAAUUCAAAGCUGGGAGCGUCAAGCCCCUCCUCUUCCACCAGAAAUGACUGUGUGGUGCUACCGCCACUGGCCGUGUCCACCACCGAGACACAAUGCCUUAAAAUCCCCUCACCUUCCCCUGACAGAGGGAGACAGGGAAGAAGAGAGGCUGUUUUGGGAGAAAUUAUACCAUGUACAGGGGUUUGCUGAUUUUGGGGGAUGAAACGAGCGCCAUCGAGGAGGAAGGAGAGAUUUGUCAAGAGGCAGAAGACGAGACGGAGAGAGGAUUUUUGUUUUGUUUAACAUCAAUGGUCUCUAUGAUCCAGUUAAUAGAAUACAUGUUUUCAUAAGUUGAAGUAUAAUCAAGGAUUGAACUUAACUAACCCUUUGUGUUUUCUCAGGUGUAUGACCCGCAGAACUUAACAAUAUCUAGAUGAAAUAAGUAUCUAUAUACAGAUUAUUAAGAUGAUGAUGAUGUCUUACUUUUCUGCUGCCACAGUAUAUACAGUUUAUUAUACAGGCCAUUUCUUACCUCGGCAAAGGUAACACUAUAACCUAUAACUAUCUUGUAAUGCUAGUCAACAGGUUAACCCACUGUGUAUUCCUCUGCCUGUUGCUGUUUUUAGGACCUUGUUGUAACAGAGUUCAUUAUCAAAAUCACAUGACGGUUUGUUUUCUCCGUAACUGUCAUUUUCCAAACGCAUGUUGCAUUGAGCUAUCUUUGUGUACGCUAAGCUACCUGCUGGCUGCCAGGUUUACACACACCGUCGAUCAGAAAAGGGGAAAAAAAGUGCCUUUUUUUGUUUUUUAGCUUAAAGUCUGGUUUUAGCCGUUCUCUCUCUCUGACUGUCCGAGGACGUUCUUCUUUCACCAUCACGGUUCACCCUCAGUGUAUGGGAUUGUUUUCUUCCUGUUACAUGCCGUUGCAGUCAGUUUAACUUUUUUAAAUGGCUGCCGUGUUAGUCUGUUGCUAUUGUAGCUCAGUUAUGGCUCCUCGGUGUGAACUAUAACAAUAAGAUCAGUAGAUUUAAAUAAUACUCCCAAUUUGCAUACAGUAUUCACCUGAUCUGUUGUACACGUCUCAUUUUUAAAUACAAUUUUAGUACAAUGACCCCCCCCCCCCCCCCCCCCCCCCCUACCAUUAUGAGAGCAUGUGGAAGUACAUAGUAAAGAACAUGGCUUUAACACUAUUGGAUGUUUGUAAAAGGAAGCUAUUAAUUGUCACCUUUUUUGAACUUAUUUUUGUCAGCAAAAGUACUUUUGUCCAUCGAUGAACUAAUACCCUCUUCCUGUUGCUUUUGUUUUACCUGUUGUUUUGCUAGUUGUUGUUUUUUGCCCAUUUGACAUUAUUGGAAUGUGUUGGAGAGAGCGAUGCGUCAGCCAAUCACAAAUGGAGAGUGCAGAUUCCACUUUUUAAAUUUAUUUUAUGUAUCGACAGCCUCAAAACCAGAAGAGCUGGUUGCUAUGGUUUCCACUAAGAUUUGAUGGGAAAAUGGCUGUUCUUGAAUUUAGUUCUACAGUAGUUCUUGGUCUCUUAAGGAGAAUAUAAAGAGUAACAGUCAAAGUCAGAGGGCCCAGUGUUGACCCUCAAUACUCUAUAUGCUGGUGUCUGUAUGAACACACUGGUGUUUGAAUGGAUAGUAGAGUGGUGUGUGUGAAUGAAACAUGGGUAACUUGUCAUUAUUAAUCCUUAUAGCGCUUACAUUCUGGCAACAGUGACAUAUCACUGACAUAUCAGACAAUUAGACAAUUUUAUGAGAUGAAAACCAGCAAUACACAGGGGGUUCUGGAGAGGUGGACACAGAUGGACCCUUCUCUAGGACAACCUCCCAUUGCUGCUCACACAACAACCCCUUACCCACCCAGGCAUCUUGCUUACAACAUCUCAGCUCUUAUUGUUUCUCUCUCGCACUCUGUGUGUGUGUGCGUGUGCGUGACACAAAAGUUUUCCAGUAAAGCACUUAAUACUAACUUCGUUCUCUGUCAUCUUGUUUCUCACUCAAACUGUGAGCACGUCACAAAUUACUCCCUGUUCCCUUUGUAGUGUGUUACUUUUGACCAGGACAAGGCUCUGGUCCAAAGUAGUGCACAAAAUAGGGAAUAGGGUGCUAUUUCAGACCGUAGUCUGUAGCUUAGUGGAUGAGGAGGGGAAGAGACGUAAACCAGGAGAUAUUUUGACCCGGCAACAGAGGACUGGGGUUUCCCACCCCUGUUCUAAGGGGAAAUGGUUUUCUUCUAAAAAAAUAUAUAUAUAUGUUUUCAUUGUAAUGUAAUUGGGGUUGUCACAUUCCGUACAUUUGAGGGGAAUUUGUGAGAAUUGUUAACCUGAGACCUGAAGCCAUUGAGAAGGUGGGAUGUGUUCUAACUUACCUAACCUGCGUAAAAAAAAAAAAAUGCCAUGCUAGUUAUUUGUUUGUUGUUAUUGGGUUUAUUUACAUGUUGGAAAACUGACUUCUCUUAUUUUCAGAUUUUUCAUACACGAUGCCAACAUCUAAUAAGAAGCUAUACGUUAGUGAUUCUUAAGAACAACUAUACCAUACUCAGGUUGUUGUCAUUGGUUAAACAUGUAUGUGGUCAUCUAUGUUCACUGAUGAAACUGUUUAAAACCAAAAACUUUUCAGUUUUGAUUCCCAGAGUGUGUUUUUCUGACAAUGAAUUAACAGUCAGGUUAAAUAAAAGCUCUCCUGGCCAUUCAGGUACGUUAGUUUCAUGCAUACUGGACAUGCCAAAAUUUUUCUCACUACUUGAUUAACCAUUGUUAACGUCCCAAUCUAUCCUAAAGGAAAACAUUUUAUUUUCUUUCAAUGGUGAUACAAAAGUAAUUCAAUAAAAUUUGAAAAUGAAUUCUCCCCAUUUAAACUGCUUGUGGAUUUCCUAUGGGUUACUUUCACAUUCAGUGUGGCUGUAAAUAAUUCUCUGCUGUUGCCUUUCAUAUAACCGGUAUGAAACCACAAACUACUCACCUCCCCUUAUCCAAAAAAUGUAUUGGUCUCUGUGGAAUUGUAUUGUGCAGUACAUUUAUUUUUAAAUAUGCAAUAGAAAUGACGAGUUACAUGUGUUGCUCUAAACAGAGAUUAUAGACAUGUACUGGCAUCUUCUUUUCUUUUCCAAUAUAAGCUAUUUUAGACAGAACAUGUUCACUUUAGUGAAUGAACUCUGCAGGACAGAUUUUCAGGAAAACUUUCAAAGUGUCAAUAUAUACCAUUUUUGAUUUAGACAAGAGUUCCAGUAUAUUAGAUUGUCUACCGGGUAGCCGAAGCAAAUCCAGACUCAAAGUUUCCCUGUAGUUUCAGUAGCUCUUGGGACGACAGACGUACAGGACUGUCCUAGAACACGUUUUCAUAUGUAUUUCCUUGUGUACUAAUAUUAUCAAUAUAGUAGUCAGUCAACAAACAACAACUUCACACAAACUGUUUUGUGAAAGUAAUCAACCAGCUUUGAACCUGACAAUUUGCACUACCCCAAAAAUAUUAUUUUGAAAUUCUAUUUUGUAUAAAACAGACGUUCACUUUUGAAACGUAUUAUCAAUGAUGAUGAUGAUGAUGAUGAUCUGGUAUAUGCUUUCCUUUGAAGAUGGCUUGUUUAGCUUAUAGACUAUUUCAAUUAUGUACAUAUAACCCCAUGUAAAGAAAAACAAUGUGUUGUAUUACUCCCACAAAUAAUACUCCUUUUCUAUAUGUGUAUCAUUGCUCAUCUGUAGUAGAUCAUGUUGAUGCUUUUCCUUCCAUUAAAUGUUGAACUACGUCUUC